ACAAUCAACAUCCGGGGGCCGCGGAGCCGUCUGCCUACGGGAGCCGGGACGUCGGCAGCGCCUCACUCCUUUCGGACCACGGCAGCGUGGCGGUGGGGAUCGGAAGCUCUGGCCUUCUGGGACGCGGCACUAGGAGACCCGGCCUCGGAUCAGCCUUUUCGGCGUAGAAGCGGCAGCACGGUAAGCCGACUGGUCAAACAAAUGGAUUUUACAGAAGCUUAUGUGGACACGUGCUCUACAGUUGGACUUGCUGCCAGGGAAGGCAAUGUAAAAGUCUUAAGGAAACUGCUCAGAAAUGGCCGAAGUGUCGACGUCGCUGAUAACAGGGGAUGGAUGCCGAUUCAUGAAGCAGCUUAUCACAACUCUGUAGAAUGUUUGCAGAUGUUAAUUAAUGCAGAUUCAUCUGCACACUACAUUAAGAUGAAGACUUUUGAAGGUUUCUGUGCUUUACAUCUUGCUGCAAGUCAAGGACAUUGGAAAAUCGCACAGAUUCUUUUAGAAGCCGGGGCAGAUCCUGAUGGAACUACUUUAGAAGAAACCACACCAUUGUUUUUAGCUGUUGAAAAUGGACACAUAGAUGUGUUAAGGCUGUUGCUUCAACAUGGAGCAAGUGUUAAUGGAUCCCAUUCUAUGUGUGGAUGGAACUCCUUGCACCAGGCUUCUUUUCAGGAAAAUACUGAGAUCAUAAAAUUGCUUCUUAACAAAGGAGCAAACAAGGAAUGCCAGGAUGACUUUGGCAUCACCCCUUUGUUUGUGGCUGCUCAGUAUGGCAAGAUAGAAAGCUUGAGCAUACUUAUUUCAUCAGGUGCAAAUGUCAAUUGUCAAGCCUUGGACAAAGCUACUCCCUUGUUCAUUGCUGCUCAAGAGGGACACACCAAAUGUGUGGAGCUUUUGCUCUCCAGUGGAGCGGAUCCUGAUCUUUACUGUAAUGAGGAUAAUUGGCAGUUACCUGUUCAUGCAGCUUCACAAAUGGGCCAUUCAAAAAUCUUGGACUUGUUAGUGCCACUUACUAGCCGGGUCUGUGACACUGGGCUAAACAAAGUGAGCCCUGUUUACUCAGCAGUGUUUGGGGGACAUGAAGAGUGCCUAGAAAUACUGCUCCGGAAUGGCUACAGCCCAGAUGCCCAGGCGUGCCUUAUCUUUGGAUUUAGUUCUCCCAUGUGCAUGGCUUUCCAAAAGGACUGUGAGUUCUCUGGAAUUGUAAACAUUCUUUUGAAAUAUGGAGCCCAAGUAAAUGAAAUUCAUUUGACAUACUGUCUGAAGUACGAGAAGUUUUCAGCAUUUCGUCACUUUUUGAAGAAAGGUUGCCCGUUGGCACCAUGGAACCAUAUAAGUGAAUUUGUAAAUCAUGCAGUUAAAGCACACACAAAGUAUAAGGAGUGGUUGCCACAUCUUCUGCUUGCUGGAUUUGACCCACUGAUUCUACUGUGCAAUUCUUGGAUUGACUCGGUCAGCACUGACGCCCUUAUCUUCACUUUGGAGUUUACUAAUUGGAAGAGACUUCCACCAGCUGUUGAAAACAUGCUUUCUUCUCGUGCCUCAAGAUCCUCCUGGAUUCUGCGUCAACAUAUUGCCACUAUUCCAUCCCUGACCCAUCUUUGUCGUUUGGAAAUUCGGUCCAGUCUAAAAUCAGAACAUCUCCGGUCUGACAGUUUUAUUAGUCAGUUGCCACUUCCCAGAAGCCUACAUAAUUAUUUGCUCUAUGAAGAUGUUCUGAGGAUGAAUGAGAUUCCAGAACUGGCAGCUCUUCAAGAUGGGUAAAUCAGUGAAACUACUUAACAUAGCUCGUUUCUUUCUCCGAAAAACCACCGAGGCAAAAGAGCCAUAGAGUACAAGUUUUUAUGGUUUUAUAGUUAAAAGGUGAUUUUUGUUUGUGAUGUAGGUUAAGUUUUGGGGAGCUAGGAGUUUAAUGUGUAUGUUUAUGUUUACAACUAGCCUUCCCAGUAAAAAAAGAAAAAAAUUGUAAACCUCACUUAUAUUACUUUAUUGCAGCUUCAUCACCAGUAUAUUAUAUGUUGUAAUAUUUAUUUACCUGACCACAUUCUGCUUUAUUUUGCUAAUAAACUGUGAUGCUGCUUCUAGUGCUAAA